AUGAUUGUACGGGACUUGCGGGUGGUGUGCCGUCACGAUGUUAUCAAUGAACUGAAAUCACGGAUUGACGCCUCGAGAAGGUUAACAGGUCGCGACAUGGAAAGGGUGGCAGAUGCGCUGAGAAGCGAAACUCUCGACCGUGGUGACGUGGGCCUCAACGGGGGAACGGGAAAUUUGAUCGAAAAAUUCGCGGGUGUUCGAAGCAGCGCCAGGCUGAAGAAGGGAGGGAGAGAAGGAAAGCAAGAGAAAAUGGGAAGAGAGAAAGAAUGGCAACACAGGGGAGACAGCUCGAGAGAAGCUGAGGGCAGAAGCGUCUGGUGGGGAGAAAAGAAAGCGAACGAUGAAACGAGUGACAGAGCGAUGGGAAGGGAUGGAUUGAUUAUGGAUGGAUGGAUGGAAGGGUGGUGGGCCUGCUGCCCGCCCCGAAGACGCUGCUGGGAGAAGCCCGUCCAGCUGCAACCGAAGUCUAAGCUGCACGAAAAACCGGAAAUUAGUUGGCCAGCUACGGAGCACCUUCAAAUCGACACCAUCAUCGUCGACUGUUUUCCUGGAAGACGAAGGCAAAAAAAAGAGAGAGCGAGAGGGAGACGAAAAAGCGAUGUCUCAAAAAAGACCCUUCCCUCGGGUGCACCACUGCAAAAAGGACGCUAUCUGCAACCCCCCUCGUCUGUACGAUGCGCCCCUUUCAUAACCAUCCCUACUUUCGACCAGCUGCAGAGGGCUAGAGCGCCCGCCCGGCUCAUGACUUUUGGAAGCAUGAACGACGAUCAACUUGGGCCAUAUUAA